UCCAUGCUGAAGGGGGGCCGGGGUGGGGGGAUGGACACGGACAGAGGCAACUGUAUGCCAGGUGCUGUACGCUCCGAGCUCAGGUGACACCACGAGCUUGGGAGCCCGCCUGCGGCACCUGAGCUGGUACGUGGGGCAGAGAGCUUUCCCAGAGAGAGGGCAUCGCUGCUGAGUCCUAAAGGACACCUUUCCGUGAGGUGGGGAGAAGGACUUUCAUCUACAGAGUGUUUGCUGGGGCUCCCAGGUGCCAGGCACCUACCGAGACUCCGGGUACAAGAGGGAAGGAAGCUGGAAGCUCAGGGUCUGGCUGGGGAGACUGACAACGAUGAAAACCUCGUGUGGGGAUGGAGAGCUGGGGCCUGGAGUCAAACUCGGAGAUCUGAAAGCCUCGCUCGCAGUUACCGGCUGCGGGGGUCUCGAGUGAGUGACAUCCCCUGUCUGAGCUUUGGUUUCCCAUCUGGCUGAUCAGAAUAGGAAGGGCUUAGUGCAGUGGUUAAAGGCUCGGGGUCUUGCUCUCGAGGCCCUAGCCAGGCCACUCCCUGGCUCUGGGAGGACUCUGGCAGGUUCCCACUCCCUGAGCCCGGAUUCCCUCCUCCCUUGGGGCAGUUAGUAAUAACACCUGUGUUCUGGUUGUCUGGCAUGGCAUAACGAACCACGCCAAAACUCAGAGACUUAAGCCAGCGAUCACUUAUUUUGCCCAUAAAUCUGAAAUUCGGGCAGGGCUUGGCAGGACAGCUCACCUCUCCAGGCGGCCUCAGUUGGGGUCUCAAGUAGGGCCAGAGGGUCCACAUCCAAGAUGACUCAGUUUUGUGGCCUGCAAGCCGGUCGGGGUUGUUGGCUUGAGCUGGCUGUUGGCCAGAGACCACGACUCCUCUGGGGCGGUGGGGGUGGGGCGCUGCAGGAGCUUUGUCACAACCUGGUGGCUGGGUUCCAAGAGGGAGCGUUCCAUCACACGUGAAGUGGAAAGUGCCCGUCUGUGGGCCGAGAUGCAGACCCUGGCAUGGGCUCCCUUCUGCUGUGCUCUCUUGGCCUGGUAGUCAGAAGCCAGCUGGAUCCGAGGGGAGGGGACAUAGACCCCUCCUUAAAGAUGCAGGCAUCUCUAAGCUAUAAAACUUAGCCCAUUAGUGCAGCUCCCCCCAGAACCACACUUGACACAAGGAAGGUGCUCACUCUAUGAUGACAUUGUCGUUACCAUCAGCAUGGUGAGAACUCGCUGAUAAGCUCAGAAGACUGACUGUGAGCUGAGCAGAGGCCCUGAGCCCAGUCCGGAGUGGUCGGAGCUUUCUGAAGGGAGUGAGCAUCUGACUGCCUUGAGCCAAAGCCCAGCUCCACCCUCUGGCUGUGCAACCUUCUUCAGGUCUCUGGACCUCUCUGAGCCAUAGUCCCCUGGCCUAUAAAAUGAGGAUAAUGACACCCCAGCUCAUAGGGCAUUUGGAAGUGUUCGGGCAGAUAAUGCCUGGGAAGCAUGUCACAUGGUUCUUGGCGCAGGAAAAGUGGUAAUUAUUAUUAUGAUUCUUAAUUAGGUGAGGCUGCUGGACAAGUUGGGGGAGGGGGUGGUAGAGGGAGUGAGCAGAGCAUUCCAGGCAGAGGAGAGACUGCCUGCAAAUCUGGGAGGGGAGAGAUGGGGCAUAGGAAUGGCCGGAUGUUCAAAGAGUAAGAGGGUGGAGGGUGUGACCGAAGUGGGUAGGUCUGGGCCACUCUGGGUCUGGAAGGGACCUUGGAUAUCUCCUGAGGGCUCAGGGGAGCCACACACAGGAGAGGUAGGGGUAGAAAGGGAUCAAGUGUGGAUCCAUGAAGUGGUGGAGGCUGGAGGGAGGAGGCUGGGAGAGAGGAUGGGUCUGGCCAGUGGGAAUGGAGAGGAAGGGGCAGAGCAGGAGGGGAGAGAAGGGAAGAGGGCUCCCAGCCUCUGCAUAGAUGUGGAACCACACUUGAGAUGGAGAACCCAGGAAAGGGGUUGUGUUGGGGGAAGAUGCUGAGUUCGGUGGAACACAGGGCAUUUGAGGGGGCAGGGAAAUGCAAUCUGGGUCUUGGGAGAGGGUUGGGAGACGGCCUGUGGAGACUUGUUCAGAGGGCAGCAGGGAGCUGUGGGAGGAGUUGGAGCAGAGUAGGAAGAGGGUCGGAUGCAGGUAUCUGAGGCUGCAGGCAGGCCAAAGUGGGCUCAGGUCCACAGUCUGGUGAGAGGAAGCGUGAACUGAGGCCAAGGCCAUCAGAGGUGGCGCUCUGAAGGGUCACCUUGCCCUCCUCCAAGAGGUCUUCCUGGCUUCUCUUCCCCGUGAGUUUUCUACCACGUUUCCGCUGGGAGACCCAGCUCUCCCUGUCUUCACGCAGGGGUGGGGAGUGCCUGGGUCAGAUGGGACCAGCUGAUGAGGACCAGUGGGGCAGGGUGGCUGGCUCUGCCACUAGAUUGAGGGUGGGGGAUCCUGGCACCUCCCACUGGGUCUGGCUUCCUUCCCCGCCCAGGAAGCUACCAGUCCUGUCAGACUCGUCGACCAGGGAGGCACAGGUGCAGGCCCCGGAGUCUCGCUGCAGUGUCCUCACGGGUGCGGCCAGCACCAUGGACACCUCACGGGCUCUGCUGCUCUUCCUGCUCCUGGCCUCCGGAGGAGGGGUCCUCAACCCCCAAGCCUCUUCUGGAGUUCAGCAACCCAGUUUCUCCCUGGACUCAGAAAGCUCUUCCCAGAGCCCAGGUUCAAAAGUCUCCAUCCAACCCCCCAGAUGGAAAUUUCCAGAUCAGUCUCCAGGUCCAAAAACCACUGCUGCUGUCCCUCAUCCCAAAUGGUUUCCUGAGGCCUCGAAUUUGAGUGAUGUGCCUCUGUCCAUCUGGUCAGAUGUUUCUGCUGAGGGCCAAAAGUUGAGCCUGGAUCCUGCCUUCUCUGAAAUCCCGGGUUCUGAAGUAUUUUCUGUCUUGGGUUCUCAAGUUCCUGCCAAAGACUCAGAGCCCUCCUUUGUUAAGACCCCAACUUCGAACAUUUCAGCCCAAGGCCCAGACCCUGAAGCAUCCAUUGAGACCCCAGGUUCAGAAUCCUCCCCUGAGGGUCAAGAUCUUGAAAUCUCUGCCCAGAACCCUGAAUCCAAAGUAACUGCAGUAGCCCACCCCAUGGAAAGCCUCCCCCAGCAAGUGGGGAGGCCUCUCUCGGUGCUAGUGGGGACCGCCAUCCAGCUCCCUCUAGUUCCGGUUCCCAGCCCCGGCCCUCCUGCUCCUCUGGUUGUCUGGCGUCGAGGCUCCAAGGUGCUGGCAGCCGGAGGCCUGGGGCCAGGGGCCCCCCUGAUCAGCUUGGACCCUGCUCACCGAGACCGCUUACGAUUUGACCAGGCCCAGGGGAGCCUGGAACUUGCCUCCGCCCAGCUAGAGGAUGCUGGGGUAUACACUGCUGAGGUUAUCCGGGCUGGGGUCUCCCGGCAGAUUCGGGAGUUCACCGUGGGUGUGUAUGAGCCGCUGCCCCAGCUGUCGGUGCAGCCUGAGACCCCUGAGACAGAGGAGGGGGCGGCCGAGCUGCGGCUGCGCUGCCUAGGGUGGGGGCCCGGUCGUGGGGAGCUGAGCUGGAGCCGGGACGGACGCACCCUGGAGGCAACGGACCCUGAGGGAGCAGAGCCACCCCGGAUCCGCACAGAGGGCGACCAGCUGCUCAUCACGCGCCCUGUGCGCGGCGACCAGGCCCGGUACACUUGUCGCGUCCGCAGCCCCUUCGGCCACACGGAGGCUGCGGCCGACGUCAGUGUCUUCUACGGCCCGGAUGCGCCGGUCAUCAAGGUGUCCUCGGAUCGCGACGCCGCUCCCGCCCUGUAUGUCACCGCGGGCAGCAACGUGACCCUGCGCUGCACCGCCACCUCGCGGCCGCCCGCCGACAUCACCUGGAGCCUGGCCGACCCGGCCGAGGCCGCGGUGCCCUCAGGCCCGCGUCUCCUGCUGCCGGCGGUCGGGCCGGGCCACGCCGGCACCUAUGCCUGUCUCGCCUCGAACCCGCGCACCGGCCACCGCCGCCGUUCCCUGCUCAACCUCACCGUGGCGGACCUGCCUCCCGGGUCCCCACAGUGCUCAGUCGAAGGCGGUCCGGGGGACCGCAGCCUCCGCUUCCGCUGCUCGUGGCCCGGCGGGGUCCCCGCCGCCUCCCUGCAGUUCCAGGGUCUCCCUGAAGGCGUCCGCGCGGGGCCGGUGCCCUCCGCGCUCCUGGCGGCGGUCCCCGCCCACCCCCGGCUCAGCGGUGUCCCCGUCACCUGCCUCGCUCGUCACCUGGUGACCACACGCACCUGCACUGUCACUCCGGAGGCCCCUCGGGAGGUGCUGCUGCAUCCCACAGUGGAGGAAACACCGUCUGGGGAGGCGGAGGUGGCGCUUGAGGCCACUGGCUGCCCUCCACCAUCCAGAGCAUCUUGGACCCGGGAAGGGCGGCCUGUGGCCCCUGGAGGUGGGGGUCGCCUCCGGCUCAGCCAAGAUGGGCACAGGCUCCUCAUUAGCAACUUCAGUUUGGACUGGGACCUGGGAAAUUACUCCGUGUUGUGCAGCGGGGCGCUGGGUGCUGGGGGCAACCAGAUUACUCUCAUUGGACCUUCCAUCUCCUCAUGGAGGCUGCAGAGAGCCCAGGAUGCGGCAGUGCUGACCUGGGAUGUGGAACGUGGGGCCCUGAUCAGUGGUUUUGAGAUCCAGGCACGACAAGAGGGCCCCAACCUGGGUAGAGCCACUACGUACAAGGACUGGAUCUCCCUGCUUUUCCUGGGGCCUCAGGAGCGGUCAGCCGUGGUGCCUCUUCCUCGCCGGAACCCUGGGACCUGGACCUUCCGUAUCCUCCCCACCCUGGGGGGCCAGCCAGGGACCCCAUCACAAAGUCGAAUCUACCAGGCCAGUCCCACCCUGGGCUCCGGGGCCAUUGCUGGCAUCAUCCUGGGCUCCCUACUGGGCCUGGCGCUCCUGUCAGCACUUCUCUACCUGUGCAUAUGCUGCCUGUGCAGGCUCAGGGGAGACUCUCUCAAGAAAAAGAAGCAUCCGCCCUCCUUGACCCCUGUGGUUCCCCCACUGGAAAAAAAGAUGCAGAGCGUGACCCCAGUGCAGACCUCACAGCCUCUGCCCCUCAAAGUCCCGCUGGAGGACCCUAGCCCAAUCGGGGCCCACCAAGCUGCUGGUCUCAGUACAGUCAUCUCUCCGGGUGGGGGCCCGAGGACUGUUCGGGCAGCCACACAGGUGUGACCAAGGCCCGCUCCGCGCAGGAUUUUUUUUUUUUUUUUGGUAGGACCUCCUGUUUCAUCCCAAAAGCAGGCAGGGCCCUCCUGUCCUGCUGUGACUGAAGACUGGCUCUGGGCAUGGGACUUCCUGUCUCUCUCUCAGGGCAGAAGACUCUGCUUGUAUUUGCACAGCUAAGGCGCUGUGGCUUCCGGGCUGUGGCUUCCGGGCUGGGAGAGACUGUUGCCGAUCUACCUGUGUGGUUUGCACAGCCUCCAGGCAGGACCUACAGGCUUGGUGCUGGACAGGCUGGUGGACAGGCGAGGCUUGUCCUGUGCUGCUUCAAGCCCCAGGGGGCGCCCAGCCUCAUUCUCUCAGAAGGUCUUUCUACGUUCCCCAGUCUCCUCCAGGCCAUACCCAUUCAGCUGCCAGCGUCUGCAUCUUGAAAUAGCUCAGAACACAUCCUCUCCUCUUUAAACUCUUCUGGGGGAGCCCCUUGCCCUUCAGAUAUUGUCCCGACCCCUCACUGUGAUUUUCAGAGCCUUGUAGUUGGGCUUCUGUCGACCUCUGACCUCCCCUUCCAGUACUUUCACCCCUGCCACUCAAUUAACAACAGGCUUUCUGUCUACCCGGCUCUAUUUUGCCUCCAGGGCUUUGCCCCAGGGUUUGCUUUGCCUGGAACCCCACUCUUUGCCCCCGGUUAUUCACUUCUCAAGGACAAUGCUAACUGACCUACAACGAUUUAUAGAAAAUAUAUAUUUGCUCAUGCAGAUGACCAAAAUAUGUUUCUCAGAUAUCUUUGGUCUUGCUCAAUCCAGUUCUUGAAAAACGGUUCAGAGCCCUAAAGGUGAAUUGAGUGGCUUGUUAUUAACGAAGGUGACUUUUGGACCCCACCCAAAGGGGAGCUGGUUGCCUGGAGGACCAAACCUGUGAUUAGAGGACUGGAACUUUAUCACACCCCUCCCUGCCCGCCCCUCCCAGAGGGGGAGGGAUUGGAGGUUGAAUCAGCCAAUGGCCAGUGACUUAGUCAAUCAUAACGAUAUAAUGAAGCCUUCGUAUAACCCAAGAGGCCAGCUCUUGGGUCCAUUUCCGGAGAGCUUCCAUGCUGGGGGAACCAGCAUGCUCCCCUGUGCCAUGAGCCGGGCCCCAGGCCCCACAAGGACAGAAGCUCCUUUGUUUGGGAGAUUGCCCUGGGUAUCUCUUCAUCUGGCUGUUGAUUCAUAUCCUCUAAUAAACUGGUAAAUGUAAGUAAGUGUUUCCCUGAGUUCUGCAGCCAGUCUAGGAAAUUAAUCAAAUCCAAAGAAGAAGGCUUUGGAACCUCCAGCUGUAGGCAGUCGCUCAGAAGCCUGGGUAGCAGUUUGGGGCUUGCAGCUGGAAUCCGAAGUGGGAAAUGGGGGUGUCAGUCUUGUAGGAAGGACCCUUCACCUUUGGAAUCUCAAGCUAUCUUUGGAGAGACGGUGUCAGAAUGGAGGUGAAUUCUCAGACACCUGCUGGUGUAUGAAAAUUGGUGUGGGGGGAAUCCCCCCAAUAUUGGAAUUGGAUCCAGAAAUCCUAAAAAUGUAACCAUUACCAGCUUAGGAGGUUGGCUUGGUUAUGGGUUCAGUCUCACAACCUCUGAACCUCUGGCUUCUCUCACAUAACUUUGUACGUACUAAACUCGUUUACCCUCUGCCUCCCUCCUUCAACUGAGUACGUCAUGAAGGCAGAGACCAUGUUAUUAUCCCCAGCACUUAACACAGAGCCUGGCACACAGCAGGCAAUCAAUAAACACUGGUUGACUGAGCAAAUGUUUUGGCGCCAGCAAAGGCUGGGCUUACCACUGUUCUCCCCAGCGU